CUUCCUCUCAUCUGUCUUAGCAUGGCGAAAACACUUGAGAAGUACCAAAAGUGCAGCUAUGGUGCAUUGGAAGCCAGCCAACCUGUCUAUGAACUCACUCAGCAGAGCAGCUAUCAGGAGUAUUUGAAGCUAAAGACAAGAGUGGAGGUCCUACAGCGAUCUCAGAGACACCUUCUUGGGGAAGACUUGGACCCGUUAAACACAAAGGAGCUUGAGCAGCUUGAGCAUCAACUCGAGAUGUCCCUGAAGCAAAUUAGGUCCACAAAGUUUGCAGUAUUCGGGGAUAUUCUGACCGUUGUGUAUGGUUUUCAGACUCAAAAUAUGCUUGAUCAACUAGCAGAUCUUCAAAAUAAGGAACAUAUGCUAAUUGAAGCUAACAAUGCCCUGAGAAGGAAGCUGGAAGAAUCUAAUGGAAAACAUCCCCUUCAACAGUCAUGGGAAGUGGCAGGAAACAGUGCUCUCUACAGCCGCCUUCCUGCUCAAUCAGAGGGGUUUUUCCAGCCUCUGGAACGCAAUUCCACAUUGGAAAUGGGAUACAAUGCUGCAGGAUCCAAUGAGAUAACUCUUGCGGCCCCAUCCCAAAAUGACAAUGGAUUUGGCCCCGGAUGGAUGCUUUGGAUAUAAUCCAGUGGGAGAUUGAUGGGAUUUUCUCACGAAAUGCCUUUCAGCUUCUUUUUAAUUUUUCGGAUAUCGAUAUAUCUGUCUACUGCAACUUGUAAUUAUCAUCCAAGACAAUAAGUAUCUAUCAGUUGUAAUGGCAUAAAGGACAACACGCAGUUGCUUUCCAAACCUUGUAGCCAUGACACCCCCUGUGGCAUGAGACUGUUUGAAUUGUAAGCUUGUGGAUUUUGUGAGUAUCUUAGGCUUCUUUUGGUUGGCAUUUGAAAGGGAAAUUUUACUUCAUCUUUUGCUCUCCCUGGCAAAAAAGUGUGUAUCCUUUUCCCCGGGAUUGUAGACCCAGAAUCUGUGAAAUGGACUCAACAACUAAAAUGACGCCCUGCCUAAUAACUUUGUGUCACUUUGUGUAUGAUGUGUUCAUUUAUCUUGA